AUGAAUUAUACUGGAUAUCAUUAUCCACUUCCAUCAACAGUACCAUCAGAUCUUGAACAAGAUAUGUUUUAUUCGAGAUAUAUUGAACGGUUAUUUUUGAAUUUCAAUAAAUCAAUAAUUCUUUCGAAUUAUCGUUUUAUUCAUGUAAACUCACUUGAGCUUGCUGGUCCUACAUUACCAUCAAUACAUUAUCUUAUAUCUAUUGUUAAUCUUAAUCAAAUAAAAGAACUUGAUAUUUCACGUAUUGAAAAUAUAUCAAUUGGUGAAAUUCAUUUAUUACUUGAACAUACUCCUCGUUUAAAUCAUUUGAAAUUUCAAAAUUGGAUUCCAUUAUUUAAACCACCUUUACAUAUUUAUUCAUUUACGACUAAGCACUGGAGUUUAUCGAAUGAUUUAGAUUUAUUUUGUCGUAUGUUUUCACAUGUUAAAUCUUUAAAAAUAGAUAUUAUAUCACUUAAAAUGAUGAUUGAAUUAAUUAAUCGAUUGAAAUAUCUUGAGAAUGUUGUUUUUUGGUACAAUUUUGAAAAGCAUGCUCCUUUUAUUUCAAUGAAUUGGCUACGACGAAAUAUAUGGGGUCUUCGACGAAAGAAUUUUACAUAUAAAGAAGAUGAUUAUUAUAUGCUUCUAUCCAUUGGAAACAAACGAAAAACAAACAAUAAAUACUCAAGUUUUUGA